UUUCUUCGAUUAAAGUUCCAUUCUUUACCCAUUUCGUAAUCUAAUCAGGUUCAGGUGCACGCAAUUAGCGUGCAUGAGCCCUCUUCCGGUGGUUCGAUGAUUUGAAAUUAAGCCCUUCUAGAUUGUUCCGUUGCCAGCACUUCCCCCUUUUUUAGAUGCAAUCUUACCUGUUUUCAGCUGUAAAUAUCUUCCAAAUCCAGUUUUUUCUGAGAGAUUUAUGGAAAAGUUGGAUUUUUGGGAUGGCGUGUGAUAAGUUUUGGGGGUUUCGUUCUCGAAUCCGAGGCGGCGGAGGGGGAGGCUGAUUCAACAGGGUGAAACGAGUAGGCAGAAUCAAUGGAUGAAUAUCUAGCUGCAAGAUAUUGGUGCCACAUGUGCUCAAGAAUGGUGAGUCCGAUCAUGGGAGCCGAGAUCGAAUGCCCAAUCUGCAACAGUGGAUUUGUGGAGGAGAUGAAUGGGGGAGGAGAAGCAGCCACAUCUCCUGACCUAGAAUUGAACAGGGACCUCUCUCUCUGGGCUCCCAUCUUGCUUGAAAUGCUCAGUGGUAGCUCCUUGAGGCGCCGCCGUCUCCGCCGUGAAGAAGAAGAGGGCAACUCUGGCCGGGGACAUGACUCGGAAGCUGCUAGUAACCGGCGGCGGAGACGGAGCCCAGCCAUUCUACAGAUGCUCCGUGCCCUUAGGGAGGGCAAUGGAUUGGAUUCUGAUGGAGAUGAGAAUGAUAGGGAGAGGGACAGGGACCGGACACAGUUGCUUAUGGAUCUCAUCAACAAUGCCAUGGAGGGCUCUCUAGACGCGAAUAAUGCACGAGGACAGAGCUCGAACAGCAGCAACAGCGGUGUCUCAUUGAGAGAUUCAUUCUUCGGACCAGGCCUAGAUCUCCUCCUGCAGCAUUUGGCCGAGAGCGAUCCAAAUUUUCAUGGCACUCCACCUGCUCAUAAAUCAGCAGUGGAGGCAAUGCCCACCAUAAAGAUUACAGAGAACCUGAGCUGCUCAAUUUGCUUGGAUGAUUUUGAAAUCGGCACUAAGGCCAAGGAGAUGCCUUGCAAGCAUAAGUUCCAUGGCAAUUGCAUCCUGCCAUGGCUUGAGCUCCACAGUUCCUGUCCGGUUUGCCGUUUUCAGGUGCCUACAGAGGAGUCAAAGGUCUCAGAUGCUGCUAAUCGGGAGGAGCUUCGUGAUAGUGGUGGUGGUAGUAGCGACAGCAGCGAUGGAGGGAGCGAGAGGGGUUCCUGGUUACCCGUUCCUUGGCCAUUCAAUGGCUUGUUCUCUUUGCUGGGGUCUCACCGGAGUGGAAAUUCUUCCUCAACACAACCAUCCUCUUCCUCGCAGCCCACCACCGGAGGUAACUCUCAUCCUGAUGCAAGCUGAAAAAUGUUGAUUCAUUCUGCUGUUGUUUCAUGAGUGACAUGUGGUUUGUUGUAAAUAUUGUUUUGUUCGCUAUUUGAACGAUGGAAGAAUAACUUGGCCGUGCUUCGAUCCUAA